AAACAUCAAUAAAUCAAGUCGAUCAACUUGAAUGAUUGCUGCUUGAAUCUUAAAUUUCAUUCAACUUCUUUCGAUAAAAAAAGAAGGAAAUCAAACUCACAACACACUCAGUCUCAACAGAGUUAUAACAGCCAUCAAUCCUCCUGAUUUGAGUCUUACUUCCAAGCCAACUGAUUGAAAAGCCCUUUAACUCCAUUUCGGAAUUUCUGACACGUUUAUCAUAUUUGAACAAUCCAAUUUCUUCACACCCUUCAAAACAAAACCUCCGAGUUUCUUCAAUUCGUUAAAAACAUUCUCAAUCUUCUAUCAUGGACGUAGAAUGGUGCAUCAUGUGCGAUAACAAAAUUUAUCCAAACGAUCAUUCUGAAACUUAUUCAGCAUAUUGUUCAACUCAUUGUUUCUUAACUGCUCAUUUAGAAGCAUCAGAAUCACAAAACCAAUCAAGAUCUCAAACCCAAUCCACAUCUCAAUCACAACCACAAUCACAAUCAUCAUCAAGUAAACCAGAAUCGAAAAAACAAUCCAACCAAUAUCCAAGUAGUAUCAACCAUUAUACCAUCAAACCAAACUAUCCAAUCAAUUCUACAGGAUCAUCAUCAUCAUCAUCAUCAUCAUCAUCAUCAUCAUCAAAUUUAAAUCGAAAUGGAAAUCUAAGAAUCGAUUCGAUUUAUCCAAUUCAUUCAUCUAAUUCGAUCGGAUUAGAAGAAUCAUUAUCAAACCAAUUCUUAUGUAAACCUAAUCCACAUCAACCUCAACAUCAAAACUCUUCACAAUACAUUUUAUCUUCAGUUUAUUCUUCUAUUUCGACCACUAAUGAUGAAGAUUUAUUAGAUCAUCAUCAGUUUGGUAAUGAUGAUGAGAUUAGAGGUAGAACUAGAGGUAGAGGUAGAUCUGCGGAUAGGAAAGGAUUGGGAAAUCGCUAUCUACUUGAUCAAAAGAUUUGGUUGGGUGAACCGAACUUUUUGAAAUCGUAAUCUAGCAUAGACUUUGACUGGAUUGAUUUCUUUUUUUUAUGAUUUGUUGACCAUGAAAAAAAAAUCAUUUCUCAUUUUUUUUUAUCCUUGGUUUUUUCUUCUUUUUUUUCUAAAAAAAACUUUUUUUCUAUCUUUUUGAUUUUGAUUUUGAUUUUGUUGAUGUUUGAAGAAGAACAUGAAAGAAAACUCUUUACAACGGGUUUGAUUUUUUUCUUUUUGAUUUUUCAUGUUGUACAACAAAAAACAAAAAACCAAAAAGACAUAAGGAAACAAGAACCAGAACCCCCCC